AUGCAUGGAGUGAAACAGAAAUGGACAAGACACUGCGUACACCUGUCAGUCGAUCCGCUUGAUCAUCUUGCAGAAUCGACAAAGGAAGAUAUCAUGACAUUUUUGGAGUGGAUGCUCGACUCGCAUCGAAGGAUUCGCAAGAGAAGCACUGUGCAUGCCUACAAAAGAAUUUUUUUCCAGGUGUACCGGAAGUCUGUUGGAGCUGAUUUCAGCAAGCAGGCGAACGAAGAGAUCAAUGACUAUAUCAACGGGUAUUUAACUAUUCGUUACAAGCUCGACACGUCGGUGAACGAGAAGCCCGUAAUGGGCGUCGACGACGUGUAUCUUGUGCAGCAUCAUCAUUGGGUCCAUGACACUUCAGUUUUCCCUGAUGAGCGCCAGCGCAUACAGUUAGCCUUCCUGGUUUUGCUCCAAGCGUAUACAGCCACACGGCCCAGAGUACUCGCCUACAAGCGACUCGACAAGAACGCCGUCAACGACCACUACUUCGGCUGUGAAGAUGAAGCGACUCAGGUGGACUGUGCGGAUGAAUUUGACCCAAAAGAUGAUGAUUUCAAGACAAUUUGCUACAGGGAUGUCCAGCUGCUCCUCCUCAAAAACCCGGAGGGAGGAAGGGAUCUUCCAGCUAUGGAGGUGACGCUUAGGUACACAAAAGGAUGGGAACGAAGAGAAAACCCAAAAACCUUCAUCUUCUACGAGGUCGACGACUUGUUGUUUGAUGCUGUGCUUCAUCUUUUGGCCCUUGCACUUCUCGACCAAGCAUUCGAAGCGAACAUCCAGAAAGUGGACGACUUCUAUCGAAUCAGAGUCCCAUCCCCACGACACUCUUUGGAGUUUCGUUGGCGGAAGGGCAUGAGAGACAUACCGAUAUUUCGGCAAGCUGUAUCAACGAACGAUGGAGCAGUCCGCACGUCUAAAACCGAAGCGCUCCGUUACCAUACCUAUCUCUACUAUUUGCAGAGACUGGGGCUCGUAACAGGCUUCAUGCAGAUCCUGAAUCCGUACUGCAUUCGCCGAGGGUCAGGAGAAGCGGUUGAAAGCACCGCAACGCAAGCACAACUACAGCAAGUCAUGUGCCACAUCAACGCGGCGACUUACCAAGCCUACAUCAAUCAGAGAGUUCAGUGUGACACGGGCACCAACCGACGCCAGUGCCAUCGAGCUAAGGAAGAUUAA